AAACAACAUAAUUCUAACAGUGCAGCAGUACAGCCCGAUUGAUAUUCUGCCGAAUGUCCGAAUAUCGCGCAGCGCCGCAGUACUGCACGAUGCCCGACAAAUUAUUACUCUUACUAUCGAUUUGGUAACUGUAUGAGCAUCACUGAUGAACAAGAACAAUUUUAUGGACAUCUAAGAGCUGCCACGCAAAUGCAGUACAUAAUCUGGAGCCGAGACAGCUGAAUGUUUUUUCAGUAUUGACCACCUUUAACACGGUUUCUACCAUUUUUCCGGCAGACGAUCGGUUGCAAUGCAGCCGCGCUGUUAUCAUCCUGCAGAAUCGAGGUUGCCGGAUGUUCCGGCUAAAUCCGCAAGAGCUAACCUGCAUUGUGACAUCCAUUACCUGAUAUCCGGGAUUUUGAAAAUCGUUGAACUGAUACUCACGUUGAAUGCGUUGGCGCUAACCGUCAGUACAAAGCGUUCAUUUGAUGGAGAGUCAAUAAUGUGGGCGAAUGUUUCCAUCGUUGUUGCACGUGUUGCCGCCGCUGCGUUUAUUAGCACCCUUUUUCUUUUCGGACUGAAAGUAUUACGUUACACCAAAGAAAUUCAAACGAUACUUUGGACUAAUAUUGAACUAGGGUACUGCAUAGUGGAGGCUCUUUCCCUGCUGGCCGCUGCAACUUUUAUGAUACCAUACAGACAUUUAAUCAUCGAUUACAUGAGACUGGAAUGCGCGCUUUUCUGCGCAGCAGCGGUAAUGGUGUACCAGGUCGAUGCCUUCCUUAUUAUUUACCGGGUGUACAGAAGUCGCCAGCUAGCACAGCCGUCCACCGUGAUCGUCACUUCUGAUAAAAAGAAGUCUUCGGCGCAGCGCUGCUGUUAUCCUGGAGCUUUGAAUCUACCGGAUGCGUACGACAAAUCCCCAGGAAUCGCCGCAGAAGAUCCAGAUUUUAGUCUUAAUUACUUGAAAAAGUUAUCCGGAUUUUCGAAAAUUAGUGAACUGGUGUUCACGUUAGGUGCAUUUGUGCUAUCGAUUGCCAUUUGGUCACUGCCUCCGUUAAUCGAAGACGUACGCGAGUUGUGGACGAAUGUUGCCACUGCCGUUUCCCAUGUUACCACCCUUGCGCUUUUCGUUAUGUACCUGUUGCGCAUUGUCGACGAAUAUCACACCAUUCCCGGGACCAAUAUCGAGCUAGCGUUCUGCAUGGUGGAAGUUCUUUGUCUACUGUCCGCUGGAGCUGCAGUAGUACCAUACAGGGACAUGGAUUUCAUGAGACUAACAUGUGCGUUUUUCUGCUGGGCAGCGAUGAUUGCAUAUUUAACAGAGGCCUUCCUAAUUAUUAUUUUCCGAAUGCACCCAAGUCACCAAUCAGCACAGGUGUAUCAUAUGUUAAAAUAGUGGUGUUCAGGUGUUGCACACUUUUAUAAUUCACCGUUGUUUAAUCAACUGCAUUGUGAGUGAUCAGUAUUUACGAGUACUAUUCACUGAAGUUCCUCCAGUCAAAACUAAAUACUGUGAUUCAAUGUGUGUAUCUAUGAUUUUUUAAUGCUUUUGCUCGAUUCCCGAUGCGCUUCAUGAAUGUAUGGAAUAAAGUUUUUAUUGACAAAUUCAUAACGGUAUCUGAAAGUCGAUCAAGAAAUCAAAGCGUGAACAAUAAACUUGUCCUU